UAUUUCUCUUAAAAAUGAUUAAAAAUUAUUUGUGUGCUUUAAAAAUGUAUCGUUUUUCUUGGUUGCCCUAUCAGAGCGUAAAUAAAACAAAAUAAAACGUCACUGUAUGCGUAACUGAAACUUAUUGCGUCGGCGGAACAGAAAUAGUAAACAGUGUGGAAAUAAAUAUGUAGCUCAAAAAAUGGUUCAUAGCGUUUAAAGUUAACUAUCAGCGUCUCUCAAGAAGGCAUUCAUUAUCUAGGAUGGCGGAGUCUACUGCAGCAACCUCGAUGGAUUUCUGUACUUUCGUCCGAGAGUUGAAUCAAACACCAAACAUCGAUUUCACUACCAACGGCAGCAGCCGGAACUGUUGUCCAGCCGAAUCGCGACUAUCACAGGAGUUCGAGAAUAAGAUGCAGCAACUGCUCUCAAAUUUCGACCUAAAUGACCAAUGCGAUGUACCAACAAAGGGAAUAUCUGCGAUUCCUGCAAAUCAUUGCGAUUCAAACUCCGACCGUACAGAUCAAUCGUUUGGGGACAGUGCCUUCCUAGUUGACAAAACCAAACAUGAUCAGUCAUUAGAAACCACGCUGGAUAAUGAGGACGAUCCCCUGUAUCUGACUGGUGACGACGACAGCGAAGAUGCUGCUGACGGUGCGAGUUCCGACGAGCAGCAACAAUCGCGCUCGUUGUCGUUGUCUUACUCACUGUCUAUUUCUCAUGCUCAAGAAAAUGCUUCGCAGUAUUCGCAAAGUACUGACAAAGGCCUCUCGAAGCGAUACGAUUCCCCGUGUUCAUAUGAAGAUGACCGGGAAUCGGAAUGCACGAACUUUGAUAAACUAGACGAUUGGAAUGACUUUAUUACCGACAUGCAGAACAACAACAACGGAGAUACGAAUCGUGAUUUCCGAGAAUACUAUGAUGAAUAUCAAGUAGCGAAAUGUAUGAAAGAAAAGGAUGAUGGAGCAGACUCUGCUGAUGAAUACAAUGUGAAAGCAAAGUUAAAUACCAGCCACGAAAUGAUGAGCCUGGAAAGAGACACAAAGCACAACUUCUUGGAAGAAGAGAAAGGCAAUCGUUCAACACCGUUUGAGUCAUUAAACACAUCGGCGAUGAAUACAUCUCUUUCAUUUUGGCAAUACCGCAAUCCCCCUGCCGAUAGCGAAGACGAUCCGAUGACUACAGAAGGCAGCGCAUGUGCGGACUCAGGAGAUACCAUACAGCGAGUAAAAUCUUUCAAGCGCAAGUUCCGUUACGACGAUCUGGAAGAUAUUGAAUAUGAGGUAUCCAAAGUUAUCACGGAGAAAUUCCGCAAAACAGACACUGUGCCAUUUCAUGGCUGUCACGAUCCGAUAUCUUCGAUCGACGAUGAACUGUUUGCUCGGAUGGUCCUCAUCGAGUCUUCCAGCAAGACUCCUGUUCCUGAAAAUAAUAACACUUACGAGUUGAGAAAUGAAGACAUGUCAGAGUACAACAAGAUUGCUAACGAUAACGACACAAUUGAAAGUGAUUCGAGCAUCGCGACCACCCCCACAAACGUAAGAAAUUUGGAUCAGGUUUUUCAACAUUUCGAAGAUGCUCCCUGUGAGAGCGCUUCGCAAUUGGUCAACAAUGGAAUACCACUGCACAGGAUGUUGUCGCAAAGCGCAAUCGAUUCCAGUACUUCCGUCUUCAAUCACUUCGACGGGGCGGGUGCAUUGAAAGCUUUCAAAAGCGAGUAGAACAUUUAGUCUUCACUUUACUAAAUGGAGAAAACCUGAUUGUUCGGAAAUCUAUCUCGGUUUUGUUAACGUUUUGUUAUUAUUCAUUAUUUGAAACCUCGUUACACUUUUCGUAAUCUCUUUAAUAUGUUCUAGUCUUUAAUGCAGAAACUGACAACAUCAUUAGCUUAAUCUGUUAGACGUAAAACAUUUCUGUUAACUUGUAUUACCAAAGACUAACAAAACACCAGUACAUUAGAAAAGAAUGUGUAUGAGUUUGAUGCAACGCCAAAGGCUUCGAAAUUGAUUUAUUUUUGUUCAUUUGUUUAUGUUUUUAUUUCAGUAUUGGAUACUUUGAAAUUGAAUUUGUAUGCAUGAGUUACUACAACUCACUAAUAGACGUAAGCAAUUUUCACUUGUACCUAGUAACCUAAUGCGCGAAUCAUUAGAUAUAAUCAGAUACCUUAAAGAGUUGCAGUGCAAAAAAGGAAACAUGUAUUUAACCAAAUGAACUAAUUCAGAUUAACCUAAAGACUUAGUAAAAUAUAGUAGGUUAACGAAUGAUAAUAA